GCCCAAAAAGGAAGGCGCACCUCGUCCACAGUCGCCGACGACGAGCAGCCUGGCCGAGCAUGUCUGUCGUCGCACAGAACACUUCGGAUGUGCUGAGUUCUGCUCAGAAGCUGCUUGAAUCCCAUGCAAACCUGAUUUCCAGAGUAAGACAGGCCCAGCAGAACCACCGACGACAGCUGCGCUCGCUGGUGUCCCCACCACCCACCGAUCUCUUGAGCUUGCCAUUGAUUCCCUCGCCGCUGCCAUCGCCAUCACUAUCACCCCCGCCUUCGCCUUAUUUGCCUAAAGAACCUCUACCUAGACCAAAUCACCGACCAGACCUCCCACCAGCCAAACGCGCCCGUCUGGCGCGCUACAGCAACUACGUCCCCGAAGAAGAAACUAUACGAAACGACUACUCUCAGAGGUAUGUCGAUGGCGGAGAAUGGCCUCAGAACUGGGUAUUGGGUGCAGAACCAGAACGUCGCUUUGAAGAAUACCCGAAACAGCAACGGUUAUUGGGUCUCAAGAAAGAGUCUGUCGAUAACCACGCCGUACCCUCUUCAUACCUUCCAUUUCAGCAAUUGGCAACUCUUAACCCCUAUAAAUUCGACGUGAUUCUCCUCGAUCCUCCAUUCAACUCUUCGUUCGGAUGGGACGACCUGCAGGAGCUCCCGAUACCAUUUCUAGCAGCGGACCCCUCAUUUAUCUUUAUGUGGGUCGGAAGCGGUGCAGGUGAAGGAUUGGAACGAGGCCGAGAGGUCCUUGCCAAAUGGAAUUACAGGCGGUGCGAAGACGUGGUCUGGGUAAAAACCAAUAUGAACUCAAAUCGAGGACCCGGGACAGAUCCUCCCACAACCUCUUUACUCACACGCACAAAACAACAUUGUUUGAUGGGCAUCAAAGGUACUGUUCGACGAUCCACAGAUAGCUGGUUCGUCCAUUGCAAUGUUGACACCGACGUCAUCAUAUGGGAAGGUGACCAUGAUGAUCCGACUCGAAAACCCCCAGAGAUGUAUACUCUGAUCGAGAAUUUCUGCCUUGGAACACGUCGACUUGAGAUAUUCGGUCGGGCGCGAUCGUCGCUACGACGAGGCUGGGUGACCCUACUUGCAGAAGGCGAAGAAGAACGCGUCCAGGAACUCAUUCGAGAGCGCGCAGUGUGUGUACCCGAAAACGUGCGGCGGUGGGAGAAAGAAAACUGGGAUGAAACGGUCAAACAGUUGACAUCGAUAGGAGGCGGAAAGUGCGUCGUACCGAGUACCUCGGAAAUCGAAACCCUUCGGCCAAAGUCACCUGUCCGAGCCGGCCUGAUGCCAGGUGGCGGAGGCGUCAGCGGUGGGGUCGGUGUUGCCAUUAGUGGUGGGGUUGCCCUGAGCGUACCUGGGGCUGUGCGGAACGGACGACCUCCUAUCGUUGCACCUAACCAGGCACCUGCUAGUCAGCUGGCUGUCCCGCCAAUGAUGGGCCCAAUGGGAAUGGGAAACAUGCCGAUGGGAGUGGGGAUGCCAGUGGAGAUGGGCGGAUGGCCUGGGAUGGGUAUGAAUAUGAAUAUGGCAGGGAUGGGUAUGGGCAUGGGCAACAUGAACAUGCCCAUGAUGGGAGUGAAUAUGGAUGGUAUGGCAGGUGCACCAAUGUGGGUAGGUCCAGAAGCCGCUGAGGGGGGAAUGUGGGAGGGAGGUAUGGGUGAUGGUAUGAUGAUGAACGGUAUGAGCAUGGCUAUGGGUGGUAUGGGAAUGAACAUGGGUAAUGUUGGGAUGGGGAACAUGAUGGGUUCAAUGAACGGAAUGGGUAUGAAUCAAUGGAACCAUGGACCUUAUGAUGGCUUUCAGUAACAUAUUCACGUUGGACUUAAUAUCACAAGUGCAAUGGAUACAGC